AGUUUAUACCAUUAAAUACUUAUAUUAUCUGAAUCACACCUAUUAUGACAAAAUAACAAUAAAGUGCUAUAUUUUGUUUGUAACCAUGCUAGAGCAAAAAUAUUGUUUGAUUUUUAACAUAAACAGUAAACACAUUUAUAACAUAAUACUGUAAUAUUUGAUAUUAACUCGCUCCAAGAGGAAAACUAAAGGUGUAUUUAAAACUACUUUUGAUAAUUCUUCGUAUUUAUUUCUAAUGCAGCCUUCACUUCUCGCACCUGUGGUUUAUAAUGUCAACAUAUCUUUUUUGCCAAACCCAGCCCCCAAGCCAAAGCCUAUGAGUUUGAAAUUAUUAGUAAGAAGUCUAAACUACAAAUGAAUUACUUUAUUGAAUACUAUUGGCAGCAAAACCAUUAACUGUCUGAUUUUGAUGAAUGUGAAGAUUGUGGUUUAAAUGGAAGGGCAAGAAGGUCAAUUUCGAACCGCACCUCGGCACGAUGAUGUACUUUCCACUGAGACAUAUGAGCAGACCCCACUCCUCGGGCUUACAAACCUUGGUUCAAGUCCACAGACUUCUGCUACCAUUCUAGCUGUCGGAACGUUGAUAACUAUACUCCUAUUGGGUUUAGUGAUUGGUGUAUAUUUGUUGGUUGUACAAAGUGAUUCAGAAAACGUUUUACCACCGAUUGAUCCACUCGAUAUAGUGCCGGUUACAGAGUGGUAUAUCAAAGAUAUAUCGCCGAGUACAAAUAAAUCUGAAGAAGUAACAGAGGCAGUAAUUGUCGUCGCGACCGGCACAGAAGAAUGUAACACUGUCGUGCAAUGCAGUCAGCUCAUACAAGAGCUGCAGGUUAACAACACGAAGUUGUCGUACAACUUCUUGGUGUCGUCGACAGGUGUCGUUUUAGAAGCUUUCGGCUGGCAGAGGUCGCCAGUGUUCUCGGAGCUGUCAGUCCUGGUUAUUGCUUGUAUAGGUAACUUCAACCAGUCGGCUCCAACACACAUUCAAGUGGAAAGCGUUGCGAGGCUUGCUGCUUAUGCAGUCAGCAGUGGUCACCUGGUGCCUGGCUAUAGUGUGCUCGUCGGUACUGGAAUGCCCCAACCUCCUAGAUUGUUACAGAGACUACUAUUACUGCCGACGUGGAAGAACAAGAUGUCUUAUAAAGUUUACGACUAGACACCUAUGUGUAGACAUUUGACGCAAUCUUGGUCCACUACCAAGCUCGGGAUUUUCGACUUCUGUGACUUUGCAUAACGAAAAUUAUUGUUUCUAAGUCGUAGAAAUAUUGAACGUAUGAUAUGUAUUGUAUUAAAUAAUAUUAUAUUUGUUCAUUAAUUAUUAUACCUUAUAUUCAACUUUUAUUAUAUGAAUUGGUCAAAAGACAAUACUUAUUUUGUGACAUGAAGGUAUGUUUACUUUGCGAAUAUUAUUUAUCGAAUUAGUUCCUAACUUUAAAACUUAAUAUUAUAGUGUAUAUAUAUAUACUUAUAUUAACUUUGAAGUAUUCGCUAUAUUGGUUAUAAACUUCAAAGGAUGAAUUAUUAGUACUAUAAAAAAAAACGGUUUGUAGUUAUCUGCAUAUUAGGUACAUAAUACAUAUAUUUUGUUAUAAUUGAUAAGGUUUAACUGAUUUGUUAAUAAUUUUUAAUCUAAUUUGACAAUCGGAUAUUUGACCCAUAUUUGUUACCUACUAUGUGUAUAAUUUAUUGCGUUUAUAUUUUAUUUUUUAAUCAAAAGUCGACAUUCCCUAAUGCCAAUUUAAUUUUAAUUUACUGCAAUAAAAUGAUUAUGUAUGGACUAAGACUAAGCAAUACAAAUUCUUCACCGAGUUUCUCAUUAAUAUAAUAUACUCUAUGUAAAACUUCUACUCCAUGCACUCUAUAAUCUCUAUGGUAUAUUGAACUGUGAGGUCACUAGUUUCAAAGUAGCUAGUAUCUUAAUAUUUUCAUUAAAAUAUAAUCUUCUGUGGUGUUUGUUUAAGAUCCCAUAUUCCACAUACAUUCGAAUACUUGUUAUAUUAUUUGUCUUGAGUGUGUAUUAUUAUAAGCUUAGGACCUUAGAUUUUGUGUAUAACUUCAAAAUAAAGAUUAUUCAUUUGCAUAUUAAA